CGCUGUGAACCCAGUGACAGCAGCGGCAGGAGCAGCGGCGGCUAAGCUAACACGGCACAACUCCACACCGCUCCCAAACUGGUCCUUCUGAGCGGAGCUGUGGCGGGGCUGGUGACGGGGGGCAGCUGUCACCUCCGUCUCGCUGCUGCUGACCCCUAGUGGCCGGUCCCAAACAUGGCGGACCGCGCGUCUCUGGGCAAAGUGAGCGGCUCCACUGAAUCUGUCGCCACGGUGACCAGCGAAGAGUUCGUCCUGGUCCAGUCAAACGCCGGGUCUCCGCAGAGUUCAGAGGGCAGACCCAGACUCAAGAUGUCCUGUAACGGGGACGAGCAGCUGGAGAAGGCUCUGGAGGAGGUGCUGGACGACGACGACGAAGACGAAGAGGAGAAGAGCAGCACCGAGAAGAUGGAGAAACACGAGGAACCAAAGAUCCAGACCCCGAGAGCCUCCGCUGCAGACCCGUCCCCCGUCCCCCCCGUCCCAGAGGAGAGCAGUGUUCAGUUUAAUAAGCUGCUGUAUUUGGGCUGCACGUGGGUCAAAGCUCCACGUAACGAGGCCGAGGCGCAGAGAGCCAUGGCCACGCUCAGAGCGGAGAGCGCCGUCCCCAUCCCCAUCACGCUACACGUGCCCUGUGGACCCGACGGAUCAGUCAGGAUCGUGGAGCAGGCGUCAGGCACAGAACUCGCCUCCUUCCCCAUCUACAAAGUGCUGUUCUGUGCCCGGGGGAAAGAGGGCGCUGUAGAGAGCGACUGCUUCUCCUUCACUGAAAGCUACAGGAGCUCGGAGGACUUCCAGAUCCACGUCUUCUCCUGCGAAAUCAAAGAGGCUGUCAGUCGGAUCCUGUACAGCUUCUCCACUGCUUUCCGUCGCUCGUCUAAACCUGCAGACUCAGGAGAGCAGACCCCCAGCGCCCCCUCUGACAGCGACCUGUACCACUUCAGUGUGACUCUGGACAUCAAGGAGGACGACGGCAAAGGGAACUACAGUUCAGUGCCUAAAGACAGAGACAAAUUCUACUUCAAACUGCGUCAGAACGUCCAGAAGAAAGUGAUCGUGUCUGUUCAACAGAUCAACAAGGAACUGGGCGUGGAGAGGUGUUUUGGGAUGCUGCUGAGCCCAGGACAGAAAGUGAGCAACAGUGACAUGCGUCUGUUGGAGAUGGAGUCGAUGGGGAAAAGCUCUGACGGAAAAGCCUACGUCAUCACAGGGAAGUGGAAUCCCAACAUGGCCGCCUUCCAGCCUCUGAACGAAGACACCCCCAAAGAUAAGCAGGUUUAUCUGACCGUGGCCGUGGACCUGGUGGUGACGGAGGUGGUGGAGCCGGUUCGGUUCCUGUUGGAGACGCUGGUCCGAGUUUAUCCCACAAAUGAACGGUUCUGGUACUUCAGCCGCAAGAGCUUCAGCGAGGAUUUCUACCUAAAACUCCGACAGCAGUCUCCGGAGAAGCAGGGUCAGAGCGACGCCGUGUUCGAGGUGGUGAGUCUGCAGAGAGAGGCCGAGAGGAGCGGCGAAGACAAACUCCCGCCGACGUCGCCCACCGAGGAAGAGGAGCAGGACGAAGAAAGUGACAAUGAAAUCUCGAGUGGAACCGGAGACGUGUCCAAAGACUGUCCUGAGAAGAUCCUGGAGUCCUGGGGAUCCAUCCUCAACAGAUGGCAGGGGAACUUCAGCUCUCGUCCGAAGGGCCUGUCCACUCUGGUCCGCUCCGGGAUCCCAGAGCCGCUCCGAGCCGAGGUGUGGCAGCUGCUCGCCGGGUGCCAUGACAACCACGACCUCCUGGAGCAUUACCGCAUCCUCAUCACCAAGGACUCGGCUCAGGAGAGUGUGAUCACCCGGGACAUCCACAGAACGUUCCCCGCUCACGAUUAUUUCAAAGACUCAGACGGAGACGGACAGGACUCCCUCUACAAGAUCUGCAAGGCCUAUUCUGUGUACGACGAGGAGAUCGGAUACUGCCAGGGACAGUCCUUUCUGGCUGCGGUGCUGCUGCUCCAUAUGCCGGAGGAGCAGGCGUUCUGUGUCCUGGUCAAGAUCAUGUUUGAGUACGGCCUCAGGACUCUCUACAAGAACAACUUUGAAGAUCUGCACUGCAAGUUCUACCAACUGGAGCGGCUCCUGCAGGAGCAGCUUCCUGACCUCUGGAGCCACUUCCAGGACCUGAGUCUGGAGGCGCACAUGUACGCCUCCCAGUGGUUUCUCACCCUCUUUACAGCCAAGUUCCCGUUGUGUAUGGUAUUCCACAUCACAGACCUGCUUCUCUGCGAGGGUUUGAACAUCAUCUUCAAUGUAGCGCUGGCUUUACUCAAGACUUCCAAAGAGGACCUGCUUCAAGCCGACUUCGAGGGAGCGCUCAAGUUUUUCCGAGUCCAGCUUCCCAAACGUUACAGGGCCGCGGAGAACGCUCGCAGACUGAUGGAACAGGCCUGCAACAUCAAGGUUCCCACUAAGAAGCUGAAGAAGUUUGAGAAGGAGUACCAGAGCCUGAGGGAGAACCAGCUGCAGCAGGAGGACCCCAUCCACCGAUACCAGAGGGAGAACCGUCGUCUGCAGGAGGCCAGUAUGAGGCUGGAGCAGGAGAACGACGACCUCGCCCACGAACUGGUGACCAGCAAGAUCGCCCUGAGGAGUGACCUGGACCAGGCGGAGGACAAGGCGGAUGUGUUGAACAAAGAGCUGCUGAGCACAAAGCAGAGGCUGGUGGAGACGGAGGAGGAGAAGAGACGACAUGAAGAAGAGACUGCACAGCUGAAAGAAGUGUUCAGACGUGAGCUGGAAAAAGCCGAGUCUGAGAUCAAGAAAACCACAGCCAUCAUCGCAGAGUACAAACAGAUCUGCUCUCAGCUCAGCACACGGCUGGAGAAACACCAGGCUGCCACCAAAGAGGAGCUGGACGUUGUCCGGAGUAAAGUUUCAGGCUGUGAGCGCUGCAGAGUGCUCUUCACCUCCACAGACCCGCUCCAGCCCGGCUCUCCCAGGGGGGGCGACCCUCUGACGGAGCCCGCAGACGAGGAGCAGGACGGGCUGAAGGAGCAGCUACGUCACCUGGAGCUGGAGCUGGCCCAGACCAAACUGCAGCUGGUGGAGGCCAAGUGCCGCAUCCAGGAGCUGGAGCAUCAGAGAGGAGUCCUCAUGAGCGAAGUCCAGGCCGCCAAAAACUCCUGGUUCAGCAAAACUCUGGGCUCCCUGAAGUCUUCCUCCUCCACCUCCUCCUCCUCUCCCUCCUCCUCCUCCUCCUCACAGACCCCCUCCUCCCCAAAGGACGGCCCCGCGUAACCCGCCCCCCCGCCGCCGUCCCGCCGCCACAGGCCUCUGCAGACUCUCUGGACAGACGCAGUGUCCCUGUCCGCACUAUAAGGCCAAAAGGAGGAAGUGUUUACCUUGAACUGCAGCGCCGCCCGGUGGUCAGACAACGCCAUUACAGGAUUUUUUAAAAAUUUGUUUUAUUAUUGUUAAACGCAUCGUUACGUUCGUUUUAAAGUUCGUCAGGUCUCAUCGACAACUUUAAAUGUGCACUGUGUAACUUUUCUGCUAGACAAACGUAUUGAUUUGCCUGGAAUAUCACACAGUGCGGCUUUAACGCUUUGCAGUGUCCGCGCAAACAAGCAUUUGGCGCGAGGUUACACGGCAGAUCUGUGGAGAGGCUGCCGUAAUACAUGAACACGGACGAGAAAGCACCACCCGCUGUAAAAUAAAUAAUAAUAAAUAACUCAAAUGCCGUACUAGGGAACAUUUCAGGCAAAGCGAAAACAUCUCCACGGUGACAAGCGGGUGGCGGACAUAUUAGUAUUUACCAACAACUUUAAAAGCGCACUAUGUAAUUUUUUCCGGCAGAGAACACACCACCCGCGUCUCCAGGGAGAUGUCAUCACUUUGCUGUUAAAGUUCCGCAAUAGGGCAUUAAACCUGUCUAUUUACUGGUGUUUUUACUGUUGAAAAAGUACAAUAAAAAGCGAUAUCUUCCCACGGAUCUGACCUGUAACUUCGCCAAACGGUGGCACCUGCUCGUCCCCGCGGAGAUAAGUAAGUUUCCGUUCCCGGUAAAGCAUCUCCGCGGAGACAACCAGAAAGUUACGCAGUGCAGCUUUAGAAAAAAACGACAGAAACUACAUUAUAAAUCCUUACUGCAGUUCUAGUGUUUUGUUUUUUUUUAAUAUUGUACAAAUGUUUUAAACAAAUGGGAUUAUUUUGUACUGACCGCGUUCGAGCUCCUUCCCUCGGUGUCGUCAGAAGCACAGUUUGUGAUGCCAAGUGUAAAUAUGUUCUCGUUUUUUUUUAUAAUACUUUUAUUUCUAACAUUUGAAGAAGUAAUUUAAGCGUCUGUGGAGCUUUACCGCUUUGUCUGUGUCGAUUUAAAUCAGAUUCUGCAAAAUGGACUUUUCAGAGCCGUCACUCGUCGCCUGAAGUUGGAUUCGGACUGAUUCACGUUUUGAGUUUUCAAUCUCUAACCGCCAUUUUGUCGAUUUCCCGCCAUUUUCGCCAGCUCCCAUUGGUCAGCGGAUUUCCUUCUGUUAUCAAGUCGUUUUAGAUGAAUAUUGUGAUUUUUAAAAAUGUGCAAAUUACAACAAAAUGAUCCACGAGCGACGGAGAUGAGAACCGUAGAGACACAAGCACAAUACGUCUUCUUUAAGGUGCUAAAGGGUGCAUCGCCGGGGUCGUCUCCAUGGAGAUAUUAGUGUUCCACAGUAUGGCAUUACCCGUCUACCGCUUAUUCCGUCGCACAUUUUGAAGAACACGCAUUUUUCACAAGAGGGCGCCGUCUUUCCUCCGCAGAUCAGACCUGUAACUCGGCUCGACGGCGAUAGAACACGAUAAAAUACGAUACAUUUCAGGCAAAGCAAUAACAUCUCCAUGGAGACGGGAGAAAUGUGACCAAGUGCAGCUUUAAAUGGCCCAUAUUACUCUUGAUUUUUUUCUGAUCUGUUCUAAUGUCGUUUCCUCGUCACAAACAGACCUGGAGUUGUGUUUUUUUUGUUCCUGCAGAUUUAGGCUGAUUUCUUCUCUCACGCAAAAAAAACCGCUCUGUUCCACCUUGUGAUGUCAUCGUGUGGCGAUACAGGAAGUGCUCCGCUGUGUUUUUAAACUCCACACACCUUCAUUUCUCGAAUCAUUUGGAUCGUUUCAGCGAAUCUGGAAUUGCCGCUUAUCUCUAAAGCUAAAGGUAAAAAAAGGAGCUGUUAACGUGAAAACUACCACUUGAUGACAUCACAAGGUGGAACGGAGCGUUUUGAGCGUUGGAGAUGUUACGGACUGAUAAUGAAGGAAACAAAACACAACUCCGGGUCUGUUUUUGAGGAGAUAACGGCGCUAGAACACGACUUGACGCACAGAAGAGUCCAUUUUGUGUGAUACAGGACGUUUAAUGGCACAGUGACAGUUUGCACGUUUAAAUAUUUGGAUGUUAAAAUUUAGUUUAGUUUAGUUUUUAAUAUUGAUGAAACUGGGUAGAAACACUGGGAAUUUAUCGGACUCUGAGUUAAGUAAGUUGCCCACACCGUUAUGGGGGGGAAGAUUUUACUUCCUCUCACUCCCCUUUCAGAGCGACAUCAACGAAACCACCGCACAUCACACCAGGUUUGUGAAGUCGUAGUGCGCAGUUUUGCAUCGCGUUUUCGUAUGUUUAUGGAGGUUUGUCGUGGCUCUAUACAGAAUCGUUAGAAUAGGGCCUGUGGGAGAGAUCUCUAGAUUACUCAAACGCGCACGGAUGAACAUCUGCAACCUCUUCGGACGUGUUUUUGAUGAUUGAACAGCGUUAGGACGUGGGAGAAAGCUUCAAAAACGAUACCUCCCCUUUAAGCAGCUGAUUAGAUUUGAUUGGGUUGUGUUUUUGUCCACAGACGAUGCUUCUGUUAAAUCUUCCAGCUUUGGGGUUUGCGUUUAGUAACUCAGACGAGGAUGAAUUCCCAGUGUUUUAAUCCAGAUCCGUCAAACUGAAAAUGUCGACCGCUGCUGAACCCGACUCUACGGUUUAAAGAUUUUAUUUUUUUUUAUUUAUUUUUUUUAAAUCCAGCCAAAUCUGUUGUAGUUUUCACUGUUUCCACUUCUACACCGUCCAGAACUAUGUGUGACGGAGGCAGCGAUCCGAGCAGAAACGUGCGGACUUCCCCACUCCCCGGACACCUCCUCUGGCUCAGCUCGGCGCAGAGGAGCAGCGGCUCUACUCCGAGCUACACCUGUCACCUGAUUUAAAACAUGAAAAACAGAACUAGUCCAUUUUAAAAGUUUGCAGUUGUCCAAAGCGACGAGUUUAUAAGCACUUUUUACGACUCUCGGAGACCGGAGAGCGGCAGUGAAGCUAACAACAACUAGCAUGCUAACACGCACUUCCUCAUCGUCGUACAAAAAAACAAAAAAAACGCUUUAUAAUUAGAUGCAGACAAUUCGCAGCAAACAUGUUGAGCUGCUUUUACCGUUUCUGUGAACGACUUGGGUCCAGGGCCUUUAAAUGUGCCAUUUUUCAUAAACGCUACUUUUGUCUGUCCGUGUUUAGCAAACGGCGCGGCUAACCAUUCAUUUUACAGUAAUAAUAAGAAUAUGCACAAGUGGAUGUCAAAGCGAAACUGUUAGCUGUUAGCUGUUAGCUGAGCGAGCGAAGGAUGAGAAGAAACAAGAGAGACGUCAUUACAUUUGGACAAAAGUUGGAUUAUUUCUCAUACAAGUGUUGUUAAACUUAUCAUAAUAUUAUUUCUGAAAGUUUUUGUUUUGUUUUUAUCGCCUCUCCUGUAAAAAUACCCGGAUGUGUGUCGUUAAAGAGGGGGUAUGUCACUUCUCUGGGGUAUUAGCCGCUAACACGUUUCCUUUUAUUGUUUUAAAAAUGCUAAAUUCGCCCAAAACAACAAAUUAACAUGUUUUUUUUUUAUAAUUUGUACUUCCGUUUUUGAAGCUCUGAGUCUCCCCUCCCUUUGCUCUCUACGCUAACUCACUCCCCCUUCAGAGCGCCAUGACAACACAAUCAGCUGCGUCCCGCUAACGAAACUACUGCACGUCACAUCAGGUUUGUGACGUCGUAGUGCACAGUUUUUGUAUCAUGGCUGUGCGGGAGCGUGGGUGGCGUAGGCUUGUGGGCGGAGUCUCGUACAGGCUCGUACUGCGAAGCGUCUGAAUAGUACGCGGGAGAGAUCUCUAGAUGACUCAAACGUGCAUGGAUGACGUCUAAAACCUCUUCAGACGUUUUUUUUGACGACGUUAUGAGUCGAUACACCCUCUUUAACUUACAGGUGUUUUUUUUGUUACUGUGAGCGGGGUCGCCUCUCCGCGGAUCUGACCUGUAGCUCGGCCUUACGGCGUCGCCCGCUCGAGAAACGUUUAAUGCCAUACUGUGGAACAUUCCCGUCAAAGCCAUAACAUCUUUGAGGAGAAACGUGACUGCACCUUCUGUUUGUCGGUUUCAGGACUGAAGCGUCGUUAAUGGACCCCACCCUUUUCUUGAGCACAGAACUUUUAUUUUAUAUUUUAAACUAAUGAGUGUUGUUUUAAAAAAAAGGACAAUAGCCAAUUUGUAUGUCUUUAUUUUAUUUUAACGAGAUUUAACAGUCGUUUGGUGUCAUGUUUAUGUGAUCAGACCAUUGAAUGAACAGAUCCAACUCAAUAAACUCAAGCUCAAACCGUUUGUGUCUCACGACGUUUGAUACUGAACAGUGAUGUCAUAACGGCGGGGCUAGUGGCACGCUAACCCUACUCCAGUCUCCUUUUGCUCUCUGUGCUAAGUCCCUACCACUUCAGAGCGCUGUCAGUCACUUACAGUUUUAUAUAUUUAUGGAGUAUUGUCAAGCAUUGUUGCACUGCAAAUGACCCAAUAACAACAACUACUACUACUAUUACUACUACUACUAC